CUCUCCAUGUCAAUGUUAGGAAAGUCCCGGAGUCCAUGACAGUGCGGGGCAUGAUGAUAUACUGCGAGACUGGUGCGUCUCUUUGGAGAGGACAAACUCAACCGUAUCUCUCCAGCAGUACUUUGAACGCAGUCCCUGCUUUUUUGGGGGCGUUUCGUUAAAAUAUGCUAGCUUUCGUGACCAGAGCAAUGGGUAAGCAUGCUGUGAAAAUGUCUCAGAAAGGGUAAAGUGCACAGUGCUGAGGAGAGCAGAGUGUCGCUGAAGCCUGUGACCUCUUUUUUGAAUCCCCUCGGCAGGGUAAGCAGGCUGUGCUGAAGGGUGCCGGGCUGGUGAAGCCGGUGUCUGUCACCAGAAUCCCCGGACGCUACCUGGUGCACCAGGAGGGCCUGCCCAAGCUGCCGGUGCCGCCACUCAGACAGACGAUGGGGCGCUACCUGGCGGCACUGCAGCCCAUCGUCAGCCAGGAGGAGCUGGAGCACACCCGGAAGCUGGUGGAGGAGUUCCAGAGUCCAGGGGGCGUGGGGGAGAGGCUGCAGAAAGGGCUGGAGAGGAAGGCCAGGAAAACCGAAAACUGGCUGUCUGAUUGGUGGCUGCAGACGGCCUAUCUGGAGUACCGGUUGCCGGUGGUGGUUCACUCGAGCCCCGGAGUCGUUUUACCACGGCUGCAGUUCCACGACCGCCAGGGCCAGAUGUGGCACGCUGCUAAGCUGAUUGCCGGGGUCCUGGACUUUAAAAGCAUGAUUGACAAUGAGACUCUGCCUGUGGAGUUCCUGGGAGGGAAGCCCUUGUGUAUGAACCAGUACUACCAGAUCCUCUCGUCGUGCCGAAUCCCCGGUCCCAAACGGGACUCCGUGGUGAACCACGCUCUCAGUAUGAAGCCGCCCUCUCACAUCACCGUGGUGCACAACUUCCAGUUCUUCGUGCUGGACGUGUAUAACAGUGACGGCUCACCUCUGACGGUCGAUCAGAUCUACGUCCAGCUAGAGAAGAUCUGGAACUCCUCCCUCCAGACGAACAAGGAGCCAAUCGGGAUCCUCACCUCGCAGCACCGGAACACCUGGGGCAAGGCCUACAACAACCUCAUCAAAGAUAAGACGAAUAAGGAGUCGGUGCGGGCGAUUCAGAAGAGCAUCUUCACGGUGUGUCUGGAUGCCCCGAUGCCCCGCGUGUCCGACGAGCUGUACCGCAGUCGCGUGGCCACCCAGAUGCUGCACGGAGGGGGGAGUCGCUGGAACAGCGGGAACAGGUGGUUCGACAAGACUCUGCAGUUUAUAAUUGGCGAGGACGGGUCAUGUGGUCUAAUGUAUGAACACGCCCCCGCUGAGGGACCGCCCAUCGUAGCGCUGGUGGACCAUGUGGUGGAAUACACAAAGAAAUCCGAGACGGUGCGCGCUCCCAUGAUCCCCCUGGCCAUGCCUCAGAAGCUGCGCUUCAACAUCACGCCCGAGAUCAAGAAGGACAUCGAGAAGGCCAAGCAGAACCUUAACAUAAUGGUGCAGGAGCUGGACGUGAAGGUGAUGGUGUUCUCGCACUUUGGGAAAGAAUUCCCCAAGUCUCAGAAGAUGAGCCCUGAUGCCUUCAUUCAGAUAGCCCUGCAGCUUGCUUACUACAGGAUCUACAGUCUCUGCUGCUCCACCUAUGAGAGCGCAUCCCUGCGAAUGUUCCGUCUCGGACGCACUGACACAAUCCGCUCGUGUUCCCAGGAGUCUCUGCUCUUCGUGCAGGCCAUGGACAACGCAGCCAAGCAGAACCAGGAGAAGGUAGACCUGCUGCAGAAGGCGAUCCGGGCACACAGAUCCUACACUGAUAUGGCGAUACAGGGGCAGGCAAUAGACCGACACCUGCUGGGUCUGAAGCUGCAAGCCAUUGAGGACCUCACCACCAUACCCGAGAUCUUCAUGGAUACAGCCUACGCUGUCGCCUCGCACUUUAACCUAUCAACCAGCCAGGUUCCUGCCCAGACGGACUGCGUGAUGUGUUUCGGGCCCGUGGUCCCUGAUGGCUACGGCGUUUGCUACAACCCCAUGGCCGAGCACAUCAACUUCUCAGUCUCUGCGUUCAACAGCUGCGCCGAAACCAACGCGGCGCGCCUCUCCCACUUCCUGGAGGAGGCCCUGAUCGACAUGAGGGACCUCCUGAUGCAGACGCCCAGGUCCAAGCUCUGAAACCGCCCCCACCCCGAUUGGCCUGCUUGGUGUUUCACUGGAAAGCGUGCAGAUUCCAGAAGGAAUGACAGAGACAACUUACUGCCGUUGUGUGUCUGUUCCAACGCAGGACUGCUGAUUCGGUUUGCAGACACAGCUGGCUGGUUUUCAGCUCAGGGAGCCCCCCCCCCCCCCACUGUUUCUACAGCUUUCCCUGUUGGUUGCUUAGUUUUAUUUUUAGAAUAGGUACCAUCCUUUUGGAGUAACAAAUCCUCGAGAGAAUGUCAUUAUAAUUCACAAGUCACACCUGGCCUUUUUAUCUUUGUGUUAUUUUUCAUUCAUGCCUUGUCUGUGCUCAGGGGUGCUGUUGUAUCUCAACUGGGGAUAUUUUUAGGUGUAUCUACAUCAAUAGAAACAUGAGAGGUAAGAGAGAUGAAAAUAUAUAUAUAUAUAUAUGUACGUGUAUAUUGUGUAGAUUUGAUAAACUGCCUUACAUGUAAUGAAUGUAAUAUUAAGUGUAUUGAAUUGUUUUAGCUGUGCUCCGCUGACCUUGUUCAAUGAUAAUCCUGCCCUGAUACUAAUCUCUGUUUGAACACGCACAGUGUUUGCCUGCAGGGAUCACCCCAUGAUUGAGUCUGGGGUGAAAACACCCUAAAAAACAUUUGCACCGUGCACAACGCCCACAGAGCUGAGAAAUACUGAGAGCAGUGAAUCAGUGGCAGGCUCUUGUACAGCAGAGUAUAUGCAUGCAUAGUUUACUGUUAACAUGGGAUAACCAUUUGCAUAUGUCUUAUUUUCAAAAUAAUUCAUUUAACAAUCCUUCAACAAUCCUCUUUCGCCCCGAAGUUUUACUGAGCGUUCCAAUUGGCAUUUAAUUAUUGACUGUGUAUCAUUUUAGAGAUGAUACAAAGAGAGAAGAAAUUAAAAAAAAUAAAAUAAAAAAAUAAAAUAAACAGUUGGGAUGUUGGAAAGCGUUUUUGUUUGGAUUGGUCAACGCAUUUCCAGCUUCUCUCUGGGAUAAUGGAAAUCAAGUGCCUGCAUGCUAAUGAACUGUGAAUGAGCUGAAUCUGUGAAUUAUCAACCCUCCCCCACACUCCCCUCAAACACUAUACUCACGUGAUGUUGUUUUGCUUGGGGUUUGACUUCCAGGGCUUUUUUCAUUUCAUUUUAUUCUCAGUAGGAGAUGUGAAAAAAAACCCUUCCCCUUUCUUUAGGGAAGCUAGGAAAUCUGCAGCGAAGUCAGUUUCCCAGAUUCCAGAGUCAUCAGUCUUCAGACGGCUGUUUGCUGUUACUGAUGGUUUGUUUUAUCAGCUGAAAUAGAGAUGAAGUCAAGCCCUGAUCCUGCUUUACAAUAUGCUUACAAUGCAGUGAUGUGUAAUAGCUCACAUGCUGAGUGCUAAAGGUUUACUACAAACUUGUAUUUUGGAUAUUUUAGUAAUGUCAUAUUGGGAUUAGGAUACGUAAUAAACAGAUCCCAAAGCGUGCCGGUUUUGUAUUAAAAUAAGAUUUGGGAUUGAUCUCCUUUUUCGUAAACUGUGCCGUUGGAUUGUGGUUUGCAUUUGCUGGUUUGUGACGUGUUUUAAUAUUUUGUACUCACUACAGUAAGUUUUUUUGAAAUUCUGAAUGAUCUUGUUUUUGAUGGGGAAGUUCCUAUAUUGUACUAAAGCAGAAUAACAUAUCGUUGAAAAUCUGGAACCCGCGUGGUGGAUUCAAUAAUAUCAUCCGUAACUACUGAUCAAUCAAUAGGGCUGAAUUUCAAAAAUACUAAAAGAAACUUCAUUCAUUUAGAAGACAGUGGAUGACACUGAAAAAGACUUCCAGUCAAAACACUCAUCAUUCGAAUUGAUGACGUUUCUUUUAGGAUUUCUACAGCUUGUAUUCUUCUCCCUACGUUACUGAUCAGGUCUAUAGUGCUGGUCAGUGCUGAUGUCUGAGGGCCUGUAUUUACCUGCUAGUGUGUUAUGGCACCAUUGAAAGGGAACAGAUCAUUGAGCUGUAUUUUAUGACUGUAUCUGUAAGCAUAUCUGUCAUUUAAAGAAGAGCCUUAAACAGAUCUGUGCUGUAAAAGAGAAUGGUCUGCUGUACAGUGUGCCGCUGAAGGGAGAUACACAGUCCUUCACAAGCACAGCGAGCUGCAAGGUGUGCAGGUCCUUGAAGCAGACCCACUGUCUUCAGUAAUGAUAACCAUGCUGUUUGGAGCACUUUCCUUUCGUACGGUUUGAAAUCCGUGGAAUGAUACGUUUACUUGUGUGUUCUGUGUACGGCACGCUGGUGCCAAAAGUGUGAUUUCACAACCCCCCCCCUUCACCCCAAAAUAAAAUCGAACUUCAACAACAAA